UUAUUACGUUCCGUUGAUGCUUUUUCCGUCAAACAAUAUAGCGAAGCAACAGCUGGGCCACAUUUGUAGCUAGGAUACCCUUGGGAUGCACGAAAGCGGCUUUCUGACAGGGAAUAAAGACAUCUUUCAGGCUAAAACUAGCAUAAAAUUAUCGAUCCCAAAGCAAACACGAUACAUCUUCACCUGAUUAUAAUUGGUGUUUGUCCGCCUGAAUCGGUUGGUUUCAGUGCAAAGUCAACAGUCAACUCUUAUCCCCGGGAUCCGAGAGGCGGAUCAGUGUAACUUUGGUGGAGUGGAAUCGCGCAUGAUUCACCGCUCACCCCGUCGUGCGCAAGGAAAAGCUCAUCCCCGUAUCCUGCGCGAGCUUCCAAGCGGCUGAAGUAUACCAGAUGGGCGUCAGCCACUUACGCAACUGUGGGUGUUCUCAAAUCUCAAGGAUCCAAUCGACAGGUAACGCUUCUCCGGGCACUUCUUCAAGCAGACAAGCGAAAACCUCCUCCUUCGCGUAGUACGCUACCGCUACUCAUUUGGAACCUUUCCAUCGGCCAGGCAUCAUGGGUUGUUCAGCUCUCCUCCUCGCGGUCCUUCUCACCUCCAUCCAACUCUACUCCGUACAAGGAUGCUCCGAGCCUGUCAACUACGUGCCUUGGACUGCCCAAAGGAAGACUGCUUUCAGCAAGGUGGUCGUCUUGGCCAAAAUAAAAGCGACGUUCGUUGACCCGAAGUUUGACUAUGGCGAGGGAUCACGGACUUACAACGCGGAGGCAGAGGUGAUGUGUGUGUUCAAGGGAGAGACGGCGAGGAUACCGGCGCUACUUAAUGUCACCGAAGCAGGUGAAGUCCCCGGCAAAUGCACCAGCAUCACGUUGGCACCCGGGAACACCUAUAUCUUGUAUCUCUUUGAAGACAUGCCCGGUAAAGGGGUAUAUAUCCACAACGACUUUUUGCCAACGAUUGCGGAUGAUGAGACCAUGUCAGCCAUCGGAACUUAUUGUGGGGUGAAAUCAGAAAAGGUUUUAGGUGCCUCAUCCGAUGUCGUCUGCCCUCUAGUGAGUGGUCCAGGCGAGUGUGUUCCAUUACCAGUAGAACCGAAGCCACCAGGGCCGAAAGAGGAGAAGAUGCGGGAUGGAAAACAAGCGAAAGACGAUCCCGCUCAGAUAAAGGACAGCAAAGCCCCUCCGAAUGGAGCGUCCAGCCUCCAAACCGUCGCCAGCAGCCUUAUCCUACUCCCGAUCGCUCUUUUGUGUUACGACUAAUAAUACGAACAUGAACAAGGGCAAGGGCAACUGACUUCAAGGAUGGAAAUUGAGAUUUCUGGUAAACGAUCUCAGGAAUACACAAGAGCAACGUGGCCAACGAGGGUUUGAUAGAAUGAUUAGCAGAUUCAGGAGCAUUGGCUGUUUCGUAAAAUCAUUACAAGAAUCACCGAGGUCAUUUUCAGUGGUUUCAUAUUCUAGUGGACCACAUUGGACAGACAUCCCGUCUUUGUUAUAGGGCCAGGCGGACUGAAUCCACCGUAAAGUUGGGCAAAUGCGAGUUUCCAGUAACUAAAUGUAUAAUGGGUGUGGUAUGAGUGCUAUACGGAUCUCAGGGACUGUCUGAAAGAAACCGGAGGAACUAGGGUGGUCUUAUGCAAAAUUAACCAAACUAAGAUUUAAUAAAGACUUGUCUUUAUUACUUCUUGACCAUCCGAUCCCUUUUCAGUCAAUUGAUGUGUUUGUUUCCUGGUAGGCUCUAAAUGAUUUCAUAUUUAUACAUCAAAUUUAAAUACUAAAUCUUUUUGUAAAUAAAAUAAAUGUAUUGAUGUAAAUAAAGAAAACUAAAAGAAGGUG